UCAAAAUCCACAGUUCCAUCUCCGAUCUCUCCUCACGCCAUUCCCGUCGAUUCCAACGGAAGAAGACGCCAUGGACAUCCAGCGCAACGCCUCGCCCUCCUCCUCCUCCUCCUCCGCCUCUUCCGUCGCCCCGAACUCCUUGACCGCCGUCGCCACCGCCGCCGCCGCCGUCGCCACCGCCGCGACCGGCGCCACCGACGACCCGAUGCACUCCUGGUGGGAGUCCAUUUCCAAGGCCCGCGCCCGCAUCGAGUCCCUGUCCUCCAUCCUCUCCUUACCCCUGUCCUCCCUCACCGACUCCGACCGCCCCGCCCUCUCCCUCCUCUCCUCCUCCCCCGUCUACUCCGCCCUCUCCGCCGCCCUCUCCGACCCGCUCUCGGGCUCCGGCUCCGACCCUCUCUGCCACUGGCUCUACGACACUUUCCUCUCCUCCGAUCCCGACCUCCGUCUCGUCGUCUUCUCCUUCUUGCCCCUCCUCGCCGGCCUCUACCUCUCCCGCAUCCACUCCGAUCCCUCCCCUUCCCUCGCCGGCUUCGAGGCCGUCCUCCUCGCCAUUUAUUCCUCCGAAUGCAAGGCCCGCGCCGGCAAACCCUCGCUGGUCGCGAUCCCGGACCUCUCCCAGCCCUCUCUCUACCACACCCCGCGCACCCGAUCCCCGGGGCCGCCGUCCCGUGCCUCCGCCGGGGUCCUGUGGCCCCCCCUUGAGCCGCAGGUUGCGGUGAAGUCUACGAAGAGGGCCGCGAUCUUGGGAAUAGCUCUGGAUUGUUAUUAUAAGCAGAUCUCUCAGAUGCCCUCGUGGUCAAAGCUCGAGCUUUGCCGGUUCGCGGCGGCUUGGGCGGGGCAGGAUUGCUCUUGCAGGAGGCAGUUUGAUGGUGAUGAGGAAAAAGUUGAUGGGUUCAGGGCUUUGGAGGAUGGGAAUGGCAGUGAGGAUGAGAUCGAGAUCGAUGGGGUUGUGGAGGUAGUUAGGAACUUGGCAAUUGAAGAGUACGGUGUGAAUUUGGAGCCAAAGGGUGCGAGAAUCCCGCUCCCUUGGGAGCUUCUGCAACCUGUGUUGAGGAUCUUGGGCCACUGUUUGUUGGCUCCUUUGAACGCAAAGGAAGUCAAGGAUGCGGCUUCGGUUGCGGUCAGGAGUUUAUAUGCGAGGGCUUCUCAUGAUUUGGUUCCCCAGGCAAUCUUGGCUACGAGGAGUCUCAUUCAACUUGACAAGAGGGCGCGUGAGGCUGUGAAAGCGGUUGCAGCUGCGGCGGCUGCAAAUGCAUCUUCAAAUGCUAACACGCCGAGCAAAGCUAAGAAGCCUGAGAUUCUUUUGGUGUCCAAGUGAUAAUUAUUUUGGUGGGCGGUUUACUUUUGCCAGUGUUGGAUGUUCUUGUAUAGACAGCUCAAAAUCAAAUAGUUCACAGAGCAUCGUGUGUAGGUUCUUGAACUGGUAUGUUCGUAUUGAUAGACGUGAAAAGUUCAUCUGCUGAUACAUAUGAAUGGGGUUCUGCCCCUUAUAUUUUGUUUUAGAGAGUUUGCAAUCUUCUGCUGUGCUUGGAUGCACUUCCUUGAUGCUUACCAAAAUGUUUUGUCUGUAAUCCAUGAAACACAUGUACUUUUCUUUUUUUGUCCAUCACUAGUUGUCAUGCUAUGCGAGGAUUAUCCUUUCGUCAUGCCAAAGUGCUGGCUUAUUCUUCCUUCUA